CCUCGAACGAACACUAACUCACAAACAUUCGCUUUUCCCACAUCAGACCUCCUUCAGUCCCCUUAUCCUUUGAGCAUCGGCCCAGAUUAGCCGCUAUAUCCACACUUCACUCUCCGCUUCGCAACUAUUCGAAUCAACCCUCGCCAUGUCCGAAUCACCAAAAGAGAGGAUGCCAGAGGAAGAUGACACGACAGAAGCGCCUCUCACCAUGGCAGCUUCAGUUGUCCUGACCAACCUCCCCAAAGACGCCUCGAAAGCGUUAGAAACAGCAGGAAAUCUCGCUGUUCAGAAAGUAACAAUACGCCUGCAACCCAUAGGCUCAGCCCCUCACCUAACCCAACGCAUCUUCAAGCUCUCCACCAACCAGACUUUCGCAACGAUAGUACGUUUUCUGCGGAAGCGACUGGGUGUGAAGGAGCAUGAGAGCGUGUUCUGCUAUGUGGGCAAUGUCUUUAGUCCUGCGUUGGAUGAGGGGGUCGGGAAUCUGUGGAGCUGCUUUAGGCAGGGCGAGGAGUUGGUUGUGGGGUAUGCGUUGGCUCCGGCUUUUGGGUAGAAGGACGGAGGGGGGUUGGAGGA